AUGUCUCCUUGCCAGGACAUCGGCGGAGCCAGAGGGGGAACUGUUGAGUUAUCGUUUGAUUUUCCUUUCUAUGGAAGUUUGCUAAGAAAUGUUACCAUUGCAACUGGAGGUUUCUUAUAUACUGGUGAUUACUUGCACAACUGGAUUGCUGCUACUCAGUAUAUAGCACCUUUGAUGGCUAACUUUGAUACCAGUCUUUCAACAGAAUCUGAGAUCAAGUAUGCUGACAGAAGUACAUCAUUUGUUGUUCAGUGGAACAAAGUUUUUAUUCAAGGCAGAAUGAAUGAUGGUGCAUUUACUUUCCAAGUUGUUUUGAAGCAGAAUGGGGACAUAGUAUUUGGAUAUAAAGAUGUUCCUUAUCCAAUCUCAAAUAUAUCUGAGUCUCAUCAUCCAGUUAAAAUAGGAAUAUCUGAUGCAUAUAUUCUGGAAACAUCACUAUUUUUUGUACGAAGGAAAACUAUAUAUGAAUAUCACAGAAUAGAUUUACUGAAAAGGAAUAUUACCAAUAAUACUGCUUUGUAUUUUAGUGCUUUGCCAACAUGCAGUAGUUUUAAAGAUUGCAUGUCUUGUAUGGCUGCUGAUGCAAAAUUAGAAUGUAAUUGGUGUGAAGCUGUUAAACGGUGCUCUGAUGGAAUUGAUCGCUUAAGGCAAAACUGGAUUAGUAAUGGCUGUAUGCAUGUGAGAACAUACAGUUGCCCUGCUUCAUCUGUUUCAACUUCUACAGAUCAAUCACUUAGUAGCACAUCUCCAGGCAAAAGAGUUGAAAUUACAACUAAAUAUUUAACUACUAAAGAUGCAACAUCUAAAUCUGCAUCAACAUACAGUUUUGAUUCUGGUUCUGGUGCAUAUAAUUAUGCUGAGUAUAAAUCUCAACAAGCUGCCCAUUUCGUCCAAGAAGAAGAAGAAACAUUUCAACGCAGUAUCAGUCCUGGAGCUAUAGCUACAAUUGUCAUAUUUCUUACUGCAUUAAUUGCUGCAGGAAUUUGGGUUGCAUAUGCAUAUAAAUUUCCUCAGACUCCAUCAGGCCAAUUCUUAAUUAAGUAUCGCCCUAGCCAGUGGGCAUUUAAAAAGGAAGAUACUGGAGUCAUUACAAAUUCACGUCAUUUGUAAAGAAUUGUGAUUAUGCUCUGUGUAAAACAGGUAUUACUUUCUAUAGUUACAGUAUUAUAUUGUGAAAAAGGUCUUACAGUUUUUUGCUGUGGUAAUAUUAAUCUUUUAACAGAAUAGGAUUUUUAAUUUUUAAAGAAGUAUUUUUUCUAUCUUGUUUUUUAAACUAAAACAACAAAAAAAAACUUCUGAUAAUCUCUUAAAUCUUCAAUAUCUCUUGUAUGUAUUUGAUUAUCUGUAACUAGAAAAUUUCUGUUUAAGUAUUCAUACUGUAAAUGUGAACUUUUUUUUUUUUUUUUUUUUUAACAUUUGAAGGUUUGUAACUAGAACAUUUCUAUUUCAGUAUUCAUAAUUUAGAUGUGCACUUUUUAAACAUGUUGGAAGAAUUUAUUCUUUACAGAUAUCUUUUUUCAUAAAAUUCUGCUGAAACUUUUGGUAGCUUAACUAUAUUUACAUGUUUUUAAAAAAAAGUAACUUGUUAGAGGUGAAUGCCUUAUCCAGAAAUUUCAAUACAGUUUUAUUUCCUAAUCAUAUUUUUUUUUUAAUAUUUGUUAAGUUUCAGCAGAUUUUUAUGUAUUUUUUAAAUGUUUUGCUAAUGUUAAUAUUUUAUAAGUUGUUUUAGAAAGGUCUUACGAUUGUAUCUCUUGAAUUUUCGUUAAAGGGUCCUUGCUUAGUUUCUUGAAUAUAAUCUCGAUUUAAGAAAAUAAGGUUUUCAUAAAACCAAUAGUUUGGGUCACUUAAUAACUUACAGUAAAAAUGUGCAAAAUUUUAAUAGUAAAGGGGAAGGAAACAGAAAAAUGUUAUUCAGAGGCAUAAUGCUAUUGACAUGUGAUAAAACGGCCUGAGAUAUCUUUAAAAUUUUUCUUCAUAGAAUUGGUGACUGUAUGCAAGUUCAUCUAAAGGCUACUCUGUGAGUAAUUAGAAAUUUCUGAAAUAUAUCUUUUAUGUCCAAGAAGCAUGAAGAUAUAAGCAUAGGUCACAAUUCCCAAUUUUUUAAAAAAAAUACAUUUCAGAAUUUUGAAUCUAACAAAAAUCAGCUUUUACAUUACCUCUAAAAUUGACAACUCUGUCUUCUUUAGUUUUUCAAGACUGUAUUAUUUUAUAUUGCACAACCAGAAUUUAAAAUAAAUAAAUAAGGUUUAAUUAAAGAGCAACUUAUUUAUUUGAACUCCCCCCUACAUAUUAUUUUUAUAUUUUAUAUGUGUGUGACAUUCCUAAAAAUUUUAAUAAUAAUAUAAUUUAAUAAUAAUAAAAUUUUAAUAAUAAUAUCUUAUAUAAAAGUAAAUUAUAAAGAGUUGUAAUUUAGAUUUCAUUGAAUGAGUAAUUACAUUGAGUUUUAUUCUCGAUAGAAAUAAAAUCCAGUAUACUUUACUAAAAAUUAAACUGAUUUUUUUUUUUAAAAUUUAAGAUAUAAUUGAAAUAUAGUGAAAACAUACAGCAAAAUUCUUGUAAUUGUUAAGUUUAUCUUAAUAUGGAACAAUAUUUCUUUGCUUCAUCUAACAUUUAUUAAAUCUCUGAGACACAGUAAAAUGAAAAAUUAUUAAAAACAGAAUAUUAUAAAAUAAAGUGUUUGCUUAUAGGCAGCAUUAACUGAAAAUGCCUUGAUUAUUUAUUAGGAAGAGAAAUUUUGCCUUUGAGAGGAGUUCCUUCAUUAUGUAUUUCAUGUGCUUAAAUUUUUCUUAGCUCCAUAAUAUAUAUCAGUGUAUCGUUUCCUGCUAAGAUGCAAAAUUUAUUGAUUCCUUGAUUAAGCCAUUUGAUCUUUCAGUAUGUAUGCUGUACUGCAUUCAUCAUCUAGAAAAAUAAAUGCUCUUAAAAAAUAUUUCUUGAAAUUUUAAUAACAUUUAAAUGUUUUAGUUUUAUAUCAUGUAAAUAUGUUUAUAAUACAUUGAGCAGCAGUUAAUUAUUAAAAUUGUUUAUCUGUAUUAGUAAUAAGAUGGAAAUUUAAGUUGUCAAUGUCUGUAAAGAACUGAUCAACAUAAUUUUUUCUUUCUCUACCAAGAUCUGUCUGUUUUUUUUUUUUUCUUUAUUUGCUGCAUUUAUAUUUACUUAACUGUUUCUUAAAAUAUUUUGAUAUAUUAUAAUUUGAAAUAAUAAUGAAAAUUAUAAAUUGUAUUUUUUUCUCAUUAACAAAAAGUGAUACCUAUGAAUAUCACUAUUAAUUUUGUUGGUUUUUGACAACAAUAGCAUUUGUUUCCGAUUAACGAAAAGUGAUACCCGUCAAUAUGUUAUUAGAUCUGUUAUUCUUUUUCAACAGUUUCCUCUACUAAGUAAUCCUGAAUUUUUGUUCUACUAGUCGAAAAAAACUAUGUGAUGUAAAUUUUUGCCCUUCUCUGAAGGGUUUUUAAAGUUUGAAUGUACAACUAGAGAUUAUUUUAUAUUUUUGGGGGUAUAUGUAAGGAUUUGUAUAUAUAUUUUUUUAACCAGAAUUUUUUAGAAUUUCCAUACUUUUUUUAAAAAAAAAAGAUAUUUUAUUCUGUCUGUAAAGAAAUAUAAUGAUAUAACAAAUCUUGAGUUGUUAAUAAAUGCAUAUAUUUUAUGGUGAUAGAAUUUAAUGUUAUUAUGAUGCAUUUAUAACUCUAGUCUAAAUAUAUAUUUUCUUUCCUUUGUAUAUUAAAAAUAUAUUUGUUCCAUAAAUUCAAAAAUUCACAAUGUGUAGUUAGAUAUGAUUUGCCCUGGGAUUGUACAACUUCAGUUAUUUCUAGGCUCCUAUAUUGUGAUUUUAAUAUUAUACUAUAUGAUUUGUAUUUUAAAAUUAAUUUCGUAAUUCUAAAUGUAAAUCAUGUGCAACAUACUUAAAAACUGAAAGAAUUUAUUUAAUUAAUACUAUGGAUUAUAUUCUGAGUGCCAUAUAAAUUGAUGUAUUUUAAACAGAAGUUUUAUGGAAUAGAAAUAACAUCAUUUGAAGUAUAUAAAAUUAUUUGCAUUUUUAUUAAUUAUGCAGUUUCAGCUCAUUUGAAAUUCCAUAUUUUUUGUUAUUUGUUUUUAAUUUAUCUACAAUUGAAUUUUAUGUAAUCUGGAAUUCUUUUGCUAGUUAAAAUAGAAAAA